GAGGAGCCGGGAGAGCAGCGGGCUUCGCCGGGGAUUUCCAGCCCGAGCGGGCGGGAGAGGAAGUGCGGGGCGGGGGGAGACGGCGCACAGCGGUCGGGACUUUCCGCCGGGCUGGCGGUCGCCUUCGCCCGGCUCCAGCUGCCGCCCGCCGCCCCGCUCCCCGCACACGCUCGCAGGCAGGGGCCGAGCGCGCUGCACCCGCAGCCCGUGCCGGGACCUCGGCGGCGGCCGGUGCCUGGGGAUAGAUCAGCCUGCGGCGGAGCGGCGCGGACUCUCCUGCCCGGACGCACUCGCACUCCAGGGCUUUGCAGAUUAACCUAUGACUGACUCAUAAUCUGAGAACUGCAGUGGCUUGUGAAAUAGGAAGCAGGAAAGCCUAAGUGCUUAGGCUUUAACUGAAUCAAGACCAGCUCUCAGCAGUGGGAAACAAUGUAUUAAUCUGUCGGAAGCACAGACUGCAGGCUUGUGUGUCACUGGGGUUUGUGUUGUGAAUUUUUUUCAUGUAAACAGCCAGCUGUGUGACUGCUGAGGCCGAUCUGUGUGACUGCUGAGGCCCUUCCUGUCUGCAGUUGUGCGCAGGAUGACAGCGGGGAGCGCGCUGCCCGGCCGGGCCCUCACUGCCGGCCUGCCCGGCGCCGCCCGGGAACCUCGCUGCCCUGGCACCGCGGAGUAGCCGCCCGGCUUGGGCACAGCGCGCUGCUGGACGCUGGGCUAGGGCAAAGAAAGAAACCAGGCAGACUGUAGCAAAAGCUCCCUUUAUUGGCAGGAGUAAAGAGAACCCUAUCAGAGCAUUGAGAAAGCCUAUUCUUCUUCUCAAGCUGCGGAUCAAAUGAGAUUCAAAUAAAACGAAGGAAAUAAACUAUCUUAGAGGAUGGACCCCAGUAAGAAGUCAGAACCCCCUUUAUCUGUAGAAAUGGUACAGCAGAGGGCCAAUCCUGACCGCAGUCCAUCAGCAUCCAUCUAUGUUCCAGAGCAAGGUGGCUACAAAGAGAAAUUUGUGAAUGCCGUGGAAGAUAAGUACAAAUGUGAAAAAUGUCACCUCAUCUUAUGCAAUCCUAAACAGACUGAAUGUGGACACAGGUUCUGUGAAACCUGCAUGAAUGCCUUGCUGAGAUCUUCUAGUCCAAAAUGUACAGCAUGUCAAGAAAGCAUAGUAAAAGAUAAGGUAUUUAAAGAUAAUUGUUGCAGGAGAGAACUACUUGCCCUUCAAAUAUACUGCAGAAAUGAAAACAAGGGCUGUAAGGAACAGCUAUCUUUGGGUCAAUUACUGAUGCAUUUGAGGACUGAUUGUCAGUUUGAAGAACUCCCAUGUCCUCGUGCUGAUUGCAAAGAAAAAAUACUGAGAAAAGAUUUGCCAGACCAUGUAGAGAAGACCUGUAAAUACCGGGAGACAACCUGUAAAUACUGUAAAAGCCAAGUCCCAAUGAUUAUGUUGCAGAAACAUGAAGAUACAGACUGCCCAUGUGUCAUGGUUUCAUGUCCUCAUAAAUGUAGUGUUAAAACACUCAUGAGGAGCGAGUUGAAUGCACAUUUGUCAGAAUGUAUUAAUGCCCCAAGUACCUGUAGUUUUAAGCGUUAUGGCUGCACUUUUCAGGGAACAAACCAACAAAUUAAAGCACAUGAAGCCAGCUCAGCAGUGCAGCAUGUUAACUUAUUGAAAGAGUGGAGCAAUGCUCUAGAAAAUAAGGUGGCCUUGCUCCAGAAUGAAAGUUUGGAAAAGAACAAGAGUAUACAAACUUUACAUAAUCAGAUUUGUAGCUUUGAAAUAGAAAUUGAAAGACAGAAGGAAAUGCUGCGGAAUAAUGAAUCUAAAAUACUUCAUUUACAGCGAGUGAUAGACAGUCAAGCAGAGAAACUCAAAGAACUGGACAAAGAAAUCCGUCCCUUCCGACAGAACUGGGAGGAGGCUGACAGCAUGAAGAGCAGCGUGGAAUCCCUCCAGAACAGAGUGACUGAGCUGGAAAGUGUUGAUAAAACUGCAGGGCAAGGAGCUCGGAAUACAAGCCUGCUGGAGACCCAGCUGAGCAGGCACGACCAGAUGCUGAGCGUUCACGACAUCCGGCUGGCUGACAUGGACCUCCGCUUCCAGGUCCUGGAAACUGCGAGUUACAACGGGGUGUUGAUCUGGAAAAUCCGAGACUAUAAACGUCGGAAGCAAGAAGCAGUCAUGGGGAAGACUCUGUCCCUGUACAGCCAACCCUUUUAUACUGGAUACUUUGGCUACAAGAUGUGUGCCAGAGUUUACCUGAACGGGGAUGGCAUGGGAAAGGGGACGCACUUGUCUCUGUUUUUUGUCAUCAUGCGUGGAGAAUACGAUGCUUUGCUUCCUUGGCCCUUCAAACAGAAAGUGACUCUCAUGCUCAUGGAUCAGGGACCGUCUCGACGCCACUUGGGAGAUGCUUUCAAGCCAGAUCCGAACAGCAGCAGUUUCAAGAAGCCAACUGGAGAAAUGAACAUUGCAUCUGGCUGCCCUGUCUUUGUGGCUCAAACUGUUCUAGAGAAUGGAACGUAUAUUAAAGAUGAUACUAUUUUUAUUAAAGUCAUAGUGGAUACAUCGGAUCUACCAGACCCCUGACAUACACUGGGGGAGGCGGAUUAAACAGAAGGCAACUCCGUUUGGGGGUUUUGUAUCAGUUUGUCUUCAAUCAGAGGUCCUAAAGCUCACAGAACCACCUUGUGGAACAGAUGGAAGAGUUUGAAGGCAUAACUGCAUAGGGUCCAAUUGCGAAAGUAGCAACACAUUAAGAAAUCAUACCAUGGUAUAUUUUUUAAUAGAACUAGCAACACUUGAGCUCUGACGAAUCACUUAUCCCUUGUCAGGAUAGUGAUUAUGGUCAGAGAGGAUUUUUUUUAACUUAUUAAUGAUCUAGUCAAUUGGAGGUGAAAAGACAUAUACAGUAUGUGCUGAAUCAAUUACUGACUUUUAUUUCUUUUAAGCUAGAAUACAAGAAAAACCCUUCACAUGUGGGCUAGCUGGAAAUUGUCAGCAUGUUAAAAGAAGAUGAAGUAAUGUUGCAAUUAUGAUAUUCUUUGAAAAACUGAGGUGCAAUCUUGUCUGAAAUAUAGUAUAUUGUCUUUUUAAGGCCUCAUCUGGUCUCUGUUUUAAUAAUUACUUUGUCAGAAGAUCUUGGAAAAGUAUCCAUGUCUUCUCAAAAGUAUCUGAAUCAAAAUCAUAUUUUUAUUUAAAGUUCUAUUGUUACAGAAAACAUUUUAUUUUAAAACUGUUGAUAGACUGAUAUUUCUUGGAAGAAAAAAUAGAAGAUAUCAAACACUGGUUAUCACUUGUGAUAGGAAAAAAAAACUAUUCAAUUCUGUUAUUUCUCUUUAGAAAUGUAAACCUACAAUAUAUGUCGUAGUUAAUGACACUAUUUCAAAAUUAAGGAAAAAUCACUCAUGGAUGCUGUGCAUCAUUAUCAGAUUUAUAAUUGUUUUCACCCUAAAAUAGGGCAUUUGUUGAACUUUGGAGUUCUAAACGGAAUCCUGUACAUUUUUUAAAGUUCUGCCCCAUGCUUUCCAAUCAAGCUAUAUAUGUUGCACAUUAUGCUGUCAGCAGUAUAUAGUAUUUUCAGUAUUGGGGAGGAGGAUUAGUGCUGAAAAAAGCCUCUAUGUUUGUUCUGUACUAGCAGCCAUUGCUUCAAGACAAACCAGCAAUGUCUUAAUACAGUGAUGGUGGCUUGCAUGCAUACAUGUGCCUUAGAUGUGCUGUGCUGCUUAUAAACCAUAGCUUUUUAUUCAGAUUAAUUCUGAUAUCUGAAAUGGUAGUUUAAUUGGACUUCAGGCAUAAUGUUUAACCUUGUCUUCAGAGCCCUUAGGUACCUUGCAACGUAUGAAACAGAGGCCAAAGCCCACUGCUUUGGCUUCUGCAGCUUUUAUGACUUGGCCAUGGUGGAAUCCAUCCUGUUGAGGUGCCAAAACGUUAUGCUCAGUGCUCCUAUGGAGCUUGGACUAGACAGUCUCCAUGGCCACUGUGAAGGCAGGCAACAUUUUUCCUCUAAUGCCUGUGGCUGUAAGGUGGCAUCACUUGAAACUAAUCCAUCUGAGAACUCUGGGGCUGUGAAUAUGGAUGCUCGUGGCAGCUUCUCAUAGCAGACAAGCAUCCUAAUGGGGAAUGCAUGGGCUUCUUUCUUGUAACGGCCUCAACUGUAGUGAAAAGCAUUUGCUAACCCUGAAACAUGCUGAUUGCAACCUGCUGUGUUCAUCUGCUUCUAUUUAAUAGCCUGUGACAAGCAAGCCCAGAGACGCAGCCUGACUGUGGUGCUCUUCAAAAUCCUGCUUAAGCAGAGCAGGCUUGCACCACUGUGUUUUCAGCCUUCAUGGGCUUGAAAAAAACUAUUGCAUCUCAGCCUUUAGUGUCAGGCUGUAUCAGUUUUCUGCUUUUUUGAGGCAUAGUCACAAUUUUUGUCUAAGGUGCAGUUGAAUUCAUGCCUUUGUAUUUCAGCUUGUCUUUGCCGUUGUCUUUUUUGGCUGUGCCUUCACACACAGUGCCUGCAAGAAGUAUUUAUGGAUAUACAAUGCAUGCUAAGUGGUCUUCAUGGGUUUUCCAGGCACCUGCUAGAAUACUGCCUGCUGCUGAUUGUCCUGACUGUCAGCAGCAACUUGUCUUCCUUUUCUUGCCUUCCAUUGUCCGGGUACUGUACUCCCUCUAUGGUACGUGGCUGUCAACAGGUGCAAGCUCAAAUAUGGAGGCACGUGCUAGCAUUUAAUUUCUAGCACAGAAGGAGGAUGUUCUGCACAAGACAUAAAUAUCUAUAGAUAUACCUGCAUCUAUAUCUCUAGAUAUAAUUGUAUGGCACUUGCAGUUUUAUGCAGGCUGCAUAAGUAAACCCAUCACUUACGCUUUAGGGCGAAGGUUCGCUCAACUUGUGUCAUUUUAAUAAUUGUGAAUGUAGGCAGCUGAGCUUUUGUGUUUGUGCAUCACAGAAUUUUACUGAAAACAGGAUUCCCAAGUGGAAAUGUCCAAAGGACUCUCCUCCCAUUGCUAAUGCAUGUCUUGUAAAAUUAAAUGAAACCGUUUGGCCAUCUCAAAGCAGUUUAUAUCCUGUUUCAAUCUGGGACUUGGAGGAGAUUUUGAGUAUAAGCAGGGCCCGGCAUAUUCUGCAGAUUUGUGACUACAGUUUCCAACUUCUGUGACAGAAUUGCGCUUCUAAAUCCAAGCUCUUUAAAAGAGGAGGAAAAAAAGCAUUUCCAGCCUUGGUGAUUGAGGACUUUGAAACAUGUGAAUGUGAAAACCAAUAGGGAAGUCUUCCUGAGUCUGCACACAGCCUAAACUAGUAGCUUUAAGAGAUCUGAAUAUCUCGUCUUGGUGGGAUAUUGACUCAGAAACUUCACAGAGAAGUUUAAAUAUGAACACUGCUAACUAUCUAAAUGCCGAUCACUGUAGCAGAAACAUCAGUCACUGUUGUAUUUCACAGAUCUCUAUGCUGCUUUCCACAUCUCCCAAGUGCCAAAAGCACCAGCUGCCAGAAUCUUCAGCUUCACUUGGGCAGCUUUUAUAAUGCAGUAAUGUGCUAUCGAUAUAAAAAUAUUUUUGCAUAUGUGCUUUUUAUCACAGUUAAUAAAAUGGAGGCCUACUGCACUUAUUUUUUAAAACUACAUGAAGCUGCCAGAGAAUUUCCAGUUUGCCAACCCUGCGUACUGUGAAAUCCAGGAUCUUGCUACACAAAUGUAGACACCGCCUGCUGUGGAAUACCUGAAGCCUUGACUGUAACACCCCUUUCUCCGCAGAACUCACAGGCCAUCUCUGUAGAGUUCUUACUGUGUACAUAGAAAUCGGUUUCCUCUGCUUUCCAGCAAGGAGUAUGUAGCAUUUUGUGAAAACAAGGCCACUGUAUAUUCUCUGAGUUGAAAGGAAAAGAUACCUGGUGCUUUACUCAACACUUUUUAAGUUAUUUAACUGUUUCUCUCAUCGCUGAAAUGCCCUUUAUUCUUUUUCUCUUUGUUCCUGACUGAGAUAUCCGAAGUUUUCUAGGGACUGUCUGUUUAAAGUGAUUUGUGGGACAACACCCUGCCCCCACGUAUACUCUUGAAUCCUGGCAAGCUCCUGGGGCUGCCACUAUUGCAAGGGGGUCCCAGAGUAUUUGCAUUACUUUGAACAGAGCUCGUUCAGUGGAACCACAUUGUCCUCUACUUAGUAGUAAUUCUUAGCAGCACACAGCUGAAGUCUCUUGCUGGUGUUCUUUCUUCACGGUGACGCUCCAAGUUAUGUACAAACCUCUUCCGUUUCCAGCUUCCUCUAGGGAGUUUCCAGUGUGUUACAAUCUGGAUGUUGCCCUUUGUGUACACUCUUCAGGACAGAGUGAGUGCACCUGUUGCCUAGAAAGUCUUGAAUCCUAAGCAGGAUGAAACUAUUUGGGUGUUUGAAGACCAACCUGCAAUUAUGAUGCAUGACCAUGUCUGCAUUGCUUCUCUGAGCUAAUUAAUUGGGGUCUUGUUUCAGUUACUGUCUACACGGUACACCUUCAACUGCUGACUUACAAUAUGCAAUGUUGAUUUCAGCCUUGUACUGUAAAUGUUCUUCACAAAGAGAAUGUGCAAUAGGAAAAGGGAAUGGUGGUGGCAUACUUUCGAUGGAAAAAAAACAUGCUAGUUUUUUAAAAACAUGAAAAAAAAAUGAAAUGCAGCUUAUUUCCUUUUCUUGUGGUGUUUUCUACUUGGAAAAGGAAAGAUGAAGAUAUGUGCCUGUUUCUGUGCCUGGCGAAUUUCUCAAAUGCAAAGGUAAUAGAGAUUUGUGUUAGCUGGGAUUUAAGUGUUGAACCCAUGAAUGUUAGGCUGUGGUUGUAUUGCUUCUGUUUCCUCAGCUUGCCACAAUUAUGGCUUGCUGAGCUGCAGUUUAAAAGCUACCACCUAUUUGUAUUUGUAUUCCAUCACCUGGGAUAGGCAUUUCACUAACAGUGCAGGGUAUCUGUUGAUGUUUUGUUCAGUUUUUAAAACACUGGUGCUCUUUGGUCCAAGACUGAGAAGUGUGUAGGGAGUGACAAGGAAAGUUGCCUGCACUGCAGAAGAGUGAAAAACAUGACUGCAGUUUUGAUGCCUUUGAUAUGAUUUAACUAUGCAAAUAUACAGAUGGGUGAGGGGGGAAAUUCUUGGGUUGCAUACCUAAUCUCUUAGAUUUUGCUCUGUAAAUUACUUGUAUGUGUGUAGGUACAUACAUAUACACACAGACAUGCAUGCACAUAAAUAUGCAAAGUCUUUUCUUUAUGUAGAAGUGAUGAAACAAAACCCUUUCCUCCAAGUUAUACUUGAUCAAUUGGUGCAAAUGUAACUUGUUGCUGCUAAAGGAGGAUCUUGGCUAAGGGCAAACUUUGAUUCAUGUCUUUCAGGUUUGAAGACCUGUAUGUAGCAAACACUUAGUUUAGCUUUUCUGAAGACUGAAUUGUAAUUUAGGACACAUGUUCUUCCUCAUGCUCUGAUAAUUUGGAGAUUCCUGUAUUUUAAACAACUAUAGCGAUGGGCAACUUUUUGAUUGCAAAUUAUUUCCUCUAAUUUGAAAAAAAGAAUUAUGAAAAGCAUCUGGACCUCUUCCCUGGAAUUCCUGUCCUGUUCAGUCAAUACCUUGAUAUUCUGGUUGACCUAGAAGUCAAAGCUACUGCAAUAAAAAUGAUUGGUUUGGCAGUUUAAUCUGAGUUUUUAAUACUGUGUACAGUGUAUAGCAAGUGCUAUUUCUCUUUUUUGGAACAAGGAAAUCAAGGAUGAGAUGUGAUUUGCCCGGAGUCACAAAAGGAAUCUCCUGGAGCCAGGAGUGAAUGAGAGGUUCCAGUUCCCUAGCGUUACCUCUGAAUCACGAGGUUUUACUCUUUUAAUACAUUUGUCCCUUGAAGGAACUGGAAAAUAAGUUGACAUCCCCUGAAGACCCACAUCAGGACAGUAAGGGCUAGAAUUAAACAUACAAGCUGUCGUGAUUUGGGGUUGUACACGCGUGGUGGCCCAGAUGUGCAGAGUGAAGGCCAGCACAGCAUGUCAGUGUCAGUAACAGCAGCAAACCUGUGUCCUGCUCUGUCUGUUCAGAAUUGUCCAACAAAAUCAGUCUUGUUUGAUGCUCCUCUUAACUAAGGAGGGCAAAUACCAUUGUACAGUGAAGUGGAUUCAUCUUUGUUCUACCAGUCAGUGUAACUGACCAUUUCUUCCUUGUGGGGCUUUCUCCCUUUUUCUGUAAACCAAAAUCUGGAGGGCUUAAUUGUUCUUUCUUGCCUCUUAAUCCGGGCCUUUGCAGAGAAGCACCAGAUAGGAAGGUUGUAGAAAACUUUGGAGUGCUGAUUCAGGGACAUCCUCUUAAGAUUUAGAAGAGUAGAGUUAUAAAAUACAAAAGGGAUCUGACUAUUCCUGUUUCUCUUCUAAUACAUGGUCAAGACUGCAGCUUCUGUCUUCCAUUUCAUUAUGUCAGUGUAGAUACUAGGCUGUGUUUUUUCAUUAUUUCCCCUCCAAGUUAGGAUUAGUUCCUUAGGGUUCAAAUAAGUUCUGAAUUUCACAGAGAAGCACCUGAACCAAAACCCUGGAUUAAAACAUCCCAGACUUGAUGUGGAAUUCAAAUCUGGAUCCCGACUCUGUGGCUUACUAACCUACCCAUUCAGGGAAGGGUUUGUUGUCUCUAUGUGGUGUUUGUGUUUUUGGUCCUUUGGAACUAAGCUUUUAAUUUGGUUGCCAGUUCUGCAAGGACUUUUUAACUUCUUAGCAAUGCCGGUGUUCACACGCUCCAUUGCUGGCAGUGCGAUGCGUAGUGAUAAAAUUUGACUCUGUCUAAGGGUUACUGAGAUAAACCAGCAUUACCAUUCGUAAAGGUCAUUUUCUUGCGUAGUGUUCUGAGCUUUGUAUUUGAAUAUAGCUCGCACCUGAAAGGACACAUCUUCCAACUAUGACCUGCAUCACUGGCAGAGAGUUGUGUAAUCUGUACUUGUGGAAUGGGAAGGUACAAGCUUCCAUCGUUGCUGAUGCAUCGUGUAAUCCACCUAUUUUUUUUUUCUUAUCGCUGUUGUUUGGUUAAUAAUUUUCUUUUUUUUUAAGUUUUAUAGAAAAAAAAUGGGGAAGUUCAGGAUUUUUUCUACAAGGUGUAAAACUCCAAUGAAUUAGUGGUGACUAGAGAGCUGUGAAAAAUACCCCAUUAGGAGAUGAUGGGCUAAAUGUAGGUCCAUUUCUCUUAGACAAGUAGGAUAACCUUUAAGAUGCAUGGAACAACAUAAAAAUUGGGAAAACUAAAGCUGACAUUUGUUUCCAAGAAAUUCUGUGAGAACUAUCUAUGGAAAAGACAUCAGUGAUUGAGAAUAAUGUACAAAUUAAUGUGUUUGAAACUUGUGUAUCCAUUUCUUUAAUCUCAUACUCUUCAGUGAACGGUACACUUGUGUUCAGUUUUAUGAUCAAAAACAAAGACCAAAGAAGGCCAGCCUCAUUUGAUUGUGUAUAUUCUGCCUGUCUUAAUUAUCAAUAGCUGUAAGGAUACAGUGCAAGUGAUCUGGUAACCAGUGGUUCUCGUCCUUUUCUUUUAGGGGGGGAAAAACAAUUUUAAAAUGUAUAAUUUAUUGCUCAGCAAUAACCAUGUUGUUAAAAUAAUAAUAAAAAAGGAAUUAGCAACAUGUCUUAAUUUCCCAAUAGCAUUAUUAUAUGUUGUAUUUCAGUUUACUGUAUAUUGUGUUUUUGUAUUUAUUUGUGUUUGGAGGUCUUGCUAUGUCUUUUUGUGUUUAAAUGCUAAUAAACAAGGACAGUGUGUAAGAGUGUAGAAUGCUGAACUCUGAAAUGCUAAACUGUGUUAUUAAAGGAAAAAUAAAUAAGUAGGAAAUCAUAUUUUUAAAAA